AUGUCGGACAAUGUAAAUUCAACUAUGAAUGAAGCACAGCCAUCUAACUACCUUAAUCCAAAAGCAGAAAAAAUUGGAAUGGCCUUUGCUUACUGCCUGAUUUUCAUUGUUUCUUUGGCUGGGAACGCCAUCAUCGGAAUAAUUGUCUACAAGACGCAAACCAUGAGAAAACCCAUCAACUUUUUCAUUGUCAACACGGCCAUGUCCGAUCUGCUGGUUCCGAUUAUUUGGAUCCCUAGUGGAAUACAAAAGCUCUAUAUAGACUCCUGGCUGAUCGGUGGUUCUCUUGGCCAGGCCUUAUGCAAGCUGGUUUCCUUCUUCAAAGAUGUUUCCGUUCUUCUGUCUAUUCAAAGCCUGCUUCUGAUAGUAGUGGCUCGAUUUGGUGCCCUGGUAUAUCCUCUCCGUUCUCCACUCAUCAGUUCAAAGACGUGCCCGUUCUUCAUUAUCGCAUCUUGGAUCGUCGCGAUAGCUGUUAACUCCCCAAAGCUCUUAGUUUACAAACUUGUUAAAUAUCCAGAAAAACUGGUUUGUAAGCGGCGUUGGAAUGAAGUGUUUGGAGAGUCCUCAUCUCAUGAGAAUUACCUCUUGUCUUUUACAGUUGUAUUCAUGUUUAUCCCGUUGGUGUUGAUAGCCAUACUUUACAUUAUCAUCUAUCUAAAGCUCAAGUCACAGAAGAURCCAGGCGAGCAAUCAGCCAACGCUGGACAACAACGCCAACAAAGGGAGCGAAACGUGUUAAAGAUGGCCAUUGCUAUAGUGUUAGGCUGA